AUGACGAAAUGCCGCCGAAUGGUACUCACUUUAAUCCCACCAUAUGAAGGGAAAAGGGUGCUAGAACUUGGAGCUAGCAUCAGUCGUUUCACUGAUGAACUGGCUCAAAAGGCUGGUGAAGUCAUCGUCCUUGACUUCAUCGAAAGCGCCAUUAAGAAGAAUGAAAGUAAAAUCGAAGAUGGAUCCGUUGACUUGAUUUUCUCAAAUUGGUUGCUCAUGUAUCUCUCUGAUAAAGAGAUUUUCCAGGAAUGCCAAACACGUGAUGCUUUUGGCAAAUCAUUUGAGCUCACUAUGAUUUACUGGAUUUGGCAAAAAGUAAGCAUGGAGAAUGACAAGGACUUCCAGCGUCUUUUAGACAAUGUUCAAUACAAGUCUAAUGGGAUCUUGCGAUACGAGUGUGUCGUAGGGCAAGGAUAUGUGAGCCCUCGCGGUUUUGAGACAACUAAAGAAUUUGUGGCGAAGAUCGAGCUGAAACUUGGACAGAAAGUCCUUGAUGUUGAUUGUGGUAUCGGAGGAUGUGACUUCUACAUGGCUGAGACUUUUGAUGUUCAUGUUGUCGGUAUUGAUCUAUUGGUCAACAUGAUGUCUUUCGCGUUGGAGCGUGCUAUCGGGGUCAAUUGCUCAGUGGAGUUUGAAGUUGCGGAUUGCACCACAAAUACAUAUCCUGAUAACUCUUUUGACGUCAUUUACAGCAGUGCCACUAUUUUCCACAUCCAACCAGCUCUGUUUAAGACAUUCUUCAAGUGGCUUAAACCAGGUGGAAGAGUUCUCAUCACUGACUAUUGCAAGAGUGAUGAACCUUCGUCUCCAUUAUUCGCAGAGGUCAUCAAACAAAGAGGAUAUGAUAUCCAUGAUGUUCAAGCCUAUGGACAGAUGCUUAAAGAUGCAGGCUUUGAGGAUGUGAUCGCUGAGGACCGUAUUGAUCAGUUUGUCAAGGCCUGA